GGAGAGCUGAAMCGACAACAAAGGACAAAGUGGGCCUGGAGACUGAACUCCACAGAAACAACACUGGAUCAAGAUGGAAGUCUACACUGUCACAGUGGCAACUGGAACAUCUGAAUAUUCAGGAACCAACAACUACAUAUAUGUGACCCUGAUUGGGGAGAAUGGAGAGAGUGAGCGCACCCUGUUGGACAAUCCUGGAUUGGAUUUUUGUCGAGGAGCGGUGGACCAGUACAAAGUAACAAGCCAUUCCCCUUUAGGCUCUGUGUUACUGGUGAGGCUGGAGAAAGAGAAAUACUGGGUUGAAGAUAACUGGUUCUGUCGUUAUGUUCUGGUGGAACACUCUGGCGGACAGAAAGUCCAAACUUUUCCUUGUUAUCGCUGGCUGAUUGGAAACAUGAAGGUGGAAAUAAGAGAGGGAAAAG